CCAAAUUCGAAUAAAAGAAGAAGAAACAAUAGGGUUAUAAAAAGAAAUAUAUAAGAAAUAACAAUAGAAAUGAAUAUUUUUAAACAAAUAUCAGGAUUAUUAACGUUAAAUAAUUCACAAAAUUUACAACAAAUUCGUACUAAAUGGGUGAACCGUUGGAUGAUUAGAGAUGUUAAAAGAAGGAAAAUAACUACUGAAUAUGCUCCUUUGAGACUUCGAAUAAACACCAUGAGGAAAAACGACGUUCUUCCUCCGGAAUUAAGAGAAAUAGCAGACGCUGAAAUUGCCGCUUUACCAAGAGACUCUGCUUUAGUUAGGACGAACAAACGCUGCGUUAUAACAUCUAGACCUAGAGGAGUUGUGUAUAGAUGGAGAGUUAGUAGAAUUAUUUUUAGGCAACUAGCGGACUACAAUAAACUUUGUGGUAUACAAAGAGCUAUGUGGUAGAAAAUAUUAUGUAACAUUUCCCAUAAUGUAUAUUGUGAGUAAUAAAAUGAAUUUAAACAUUAAA